CAGCAGCCAACCACUGAUGUGUCAACAGCUGUCAGUGGACGUGGUUUCUUGCAUUUAACAUUUACUCAAAAAAUAUUUAGAAAUCAUUUUGUAUUUACAAAAGUGGCUACAUUUUUGUUUGUACUUUAAAUAGAAUUAAUGUAGCAACGCAUUCCUAAAGCACCUCCCGGCAAAAUGGACGUUACACAAAGAUUCAAAGCCGGUGUAAUGAUUGUGAAACUACAGCGCAAAGGUGAACUGCCACCACAAUCGCUGGACAAGCAACGCAUUCUACCGAAAAGCAGCGUUGGCGUGGGCGCUGGACGACGGGAUGAAUUCUCCCGGCAGGCUAAGGAUGUGUGCCACAAAAUCACCACAUUGCGUAAUGUGCUUGUGGAGAAUCGGGCGGCGUACAUGCGCAUCGGUCAGCACCUGAAGAGUGCAACACACAUGUCGGACGAACAACGCGAUUUAAUCGACCGCGAGUCGGAAAAAUUUGUGGCCUAUUACACACAACAUUUGGCACAAAUGCGUGCGGACUGGAAGCGUGCAAAACGAAAACCACAGCAGCAGCAACAUAUCGAGGCGGUGAUCGAUUUAUUGGAACGCUAUUUGCGCAACGUGCAACAAAUUUAUUUGGAGCAAAAACGUUAUCGUGUGCAGUACGAACUGGAAACAUUUAGACUAUUGAAAUUAGUAGCUGACAAAAAGAAGAUACCAGUGCGUCCGGGUGGGGAACAUAGUGGUCGCCGUGAGGCGCGGCACUCAACAAGUAGCACCACCGACGACGAUGCCACGGAUGAUUUACGACCACGCAAUGGAUUGGGUGAAAACGAAGUUUCUGACUUGCAAGGUGAUUGGCUAGAUGACGAUGAUUUCGGUGACAUUGGGGGCGAUGGUGAUGCCGCAUUUGGUAGAACAAAUGAGCAGAGUAGUGAAGAUGAAAAUGCGAAGGUGAGUGGUCCACAAUUGCGGCAUCGGCAUCCGCAUGCUGAAGGCGAAGACAGCAUUGGAAGCGGUGGGGAGUUGAAGACGACACAAUCAUCGCAGAAAGUGGCGCUAGACGAGGAUAUACAAAAAUCGCAGCAAUUAGAAGACGAAGAAGAAGAAGCGAAAAAACUUUCCCCCGAGGAUGUUCAAAUGUACGAACAGGAGAAUGUGCAACUCUAUCAUGAACUGCAGGGUUUGGCUGAAGAGGUGGAACAGAUCGAGAAAAAUGUGGUGGACAUAGCGCAGUUGCAGGACAUCUUCACAGAAAAGGUCUCGCUGCAACAACAUAACAUCGAGCGCAUCGCCAAUGCUGUGGUUGGCGCAACGGAGAACGUCAAAGACGCUAAUGAACAAAUCAAACAGGCCAUACAACGCAAUGCCGGGUUGCGUGUAUGGUCGUUAUUUUUUUUGUUAGUGAUGUCAUUUGCUUUACUCUUCCUUGACUGGUAUUACGAUUGAACUAACACAGAUGGAAGAAGAAGGGCAUGUCUAGUGGAAGGCAAAAGUCGUUCAGUGGUUUUCCAAUGUGGACUCGCACAAAUAAACGUUGAGCAGCCUAUUUCUUUGGCUUAUUUGUCUUUGUUGUGGAGUUUAAUAUAUUUUUUUAUUUUAAAUGUUAAACGUUAACGGGUAAAUCGUUUGAAAACUAUUUAAUGCACUCACACUCACACAAUCACCGCAUCAUACAUACAUAUAUGCACUACAUAAAAAAAUACUUUUUGUACCGACAUUAGCUUAGACGAAUACGAAAUACUAAAUAAAUAAUUAUGUCUUAACGCUGGAAUAAUAAACGGCUGCUUUAAAGCACUUAGUUAGAAAAGCAUGUGGGAAAA